AUGCAGACACAGGACGCAUUUACUUCGGAUGUAAGCCUGCUGCUCAUGCGCAAUAACCUUUGGCGCUAUCUCUUCUAUCGCACCAAGUCUAUCCUCGAUGCAGAUGCAGCCGUGCCGGACAUCAUUAACGCUAUGAUCACCUACCUCCAAGAGUAUGGAUCCGAGGGCUCCGAUCAAACCUCCGACCAGCUGCGCGAGGCUCUGUGCAAGGCAGUCGGCCGUAAUGUGUCAAUGAAGGAUCUGGGAUUCGACUUGGGUCGUUGGCUUUAUUCUGAAUCCAAGCUCGAGACCUCUCGAGGGAUGGAAUAUCCAGACCCGAUUAGGCUACCUGAAAAGGAUGAGCUUAUGCUUCCUCACUACAAACUCGCUAUGGCCGCAGCAACGGGGAACAUGGCGCUCUUGAAUAAUGUCCUGUCUGAAGACAACCGCGUGGAUCCAUUCAAGGUUUCAAUCUUCGGCAAUGCGGUCACGAACUCAUUCGCAUUCAACCAGCCGCUUAUCUUCGAUGCAAUUGCGACUUACUUAGAGGGAUUGCAUUCAGAAUUGAAGAAGGUUCUGCAUAUCUACACCUUUCUCUGGGAAAAGCAUCUGAAAGAGGCAAUGAGGACGGCCAGCCAAUCUUGGGUGCGACGAAUCAUGAAUCUCGUCCGGAAGCCCUACAUGAGGUACUCUUCGGGAAACUUCCAGAAUCUGUUGUAUCGAGCUAUCAAAGAUUGCAGCAGCGAAAUCGCCAUCACCUUCCUUGACGCUUCGAACACUAGGUCAAUCUAUUUGCGUUUGGAUGCCUACGUGUUCAAGCACGCCUGCAAGCACCACAGUACUGACGUCGUGAUGCGUCUCCUCAACAUCCCGUCCCAUGGCGCCAACUCCCUCUGGCGCAACUCUUCUCCCCUGACCAUCGCUAUCAAUUAUGGUACAGCAAAUACCGUCGCUGCGAUUCUGGGUGCCGGAGCAGUGGUCGACGGCAUUGCAAGCCGGCUGUAUCAAGAUGGAAGCAGGUUCCGAACUAAGGUCAUACCCAUCGAAGAGGCAAUGAAGCGAGGCCGCCUGGACAUCGUCCAGACCUUGCUCAACCGCGGUGCUAAAGUUGGAGACUUGGAGGUGGCGAACAGGAAGAAGGCUGUUUACAACUUGCUUCGCGACGCCAAGAUGAAAGAGACAGGCAAGCAUGUCCCCACCUACUCGGAGAAAUACAGCAAGUUCAAGACACAAGUUCCGGCCCCUAAAGAUCGAUCCCAGCGUAGUCCGGCCCCUAACCCGUCUCGUCAAGGGUCCGAUCUGAAUAUCUGA